AAAAAAAGGUGAUAGUGUUACAUUGUAUCAGCAAAUUAUGUUUGUUUAGGCCUUGAACCCCUAUGGACUUUGUGGGUUUUAGCUCACUUCACAUACAAAAGAUUCUCAUGCUUAGCUAUGUGGCUCUUAUGAUUGAGAAGCAAGAUCUCUCCACUCAUUGUGCUUCAGCUUUGGUAUGUUAUUAGUUCUUUUCUCUUUUCUAUGCAAGUGCUUUUAUUUACUUUUAUAUAUUUUAUGCAACUCAUUUCUCUAGAAAUGAGCAAGUUAUCAUGUAACAGUUCAGACCAUCUGCAUAUAUGAAUAUUAUCGGCUUUGGCACUAAGGAAUCCUCUUACAACCCAGCUUUCACGGAUUUAAAACGCGUCCACAAAAGAAAGGUAUUUAGCCUUAUAAGGCAUGCUUCGUUCUUCUUUCCAACCGAUGUGGAACUUCACAUAUCACCUAUUAGGAGCAGAGAGAGAAUCCAAGUUUGCAAAGUGCUCUCUCUUUUCCAUUUGGCUUUUAAUACUGGAAUGAAAAUACUAAGAGGGUUUAAUCAUCUGGAAAAUUGCUUGAAGUAUUCUUAAAAUGGCAACCCUUUUUCCUAGAAGAAUUAAAGCAUUUCCUGUUGAUGGGAAAAUAUCUUCUUUGGGUUCUCCAACAUUAUAUGAAAAUGUAAACACAUAUACAAAAAUUUGCAACACUAAAAAAAAAAAAAAAAAGUGCUAAUGUUACAUUGUAUUAGCAAAUUAUGUUUGUUUAGGCCUUGAACCCCUAUGGACUUUGCAAGUGGGUUUUAGCUCACUUCACAUACAAAAGAUUCCCAUGCUUAGCUAUGCAGCUCUUAUGACUAAGCAAGCAAGAUCUCUCCACUCAUUGUGCUUCAGCUUUGGUAUGUUAUUAGUUCUUUUCUCUUUCCUAUGCAAGGGUUUUUUAUUUGCUUUUAUAUAUUUUAUGCAACUCAUUUCUCUAUUUCUAUUGGACAUUCAACAAGCUAUCACCUAUUAGGAGCAGAGAGAGAAUCCAAGUUUGCAAACAUGACAACCGCUUACAAGCUUUAUCUGUAGAUGCUGUAAUCGUAAUGUUGAGUUAUAUGUCACUAUCAAUUAUAAUCACCACCUUCAAGAAGGAGAAUGUUAAGAGACCCCUUGAGGGAUUUGGAGUUCUUGUUCCUUCUAAAGAGCAGAAUAAUGGCUUAAAGACCCUUGGUACUCUCUUUUCUUGCAUGAUGUUUCCGGAUCGUGCACCUAAUGACCUACACCUUUAUACAACCUUUGUUGGGGAAAGUCGAAAUAAGGAACUAGCUAAUUCUUCAACUUAUGGAAGCUCCAAUGCUUUUUGCUUCGAUGACGAGUUGAAGCAAACUGUCAUCUAUGACCUUUGGCAGUUAUUAGGAGCAGAGGGAGAACCCAAGUUUGUGAAGUACUUUCUCUUUCCGUUCUGGCUAUUAAUAUUGGAAACAAAAUACAUUAGAAGCGAUUUAUCUAGAAUGUUUGAAGUAUAUGAAUGUAGUCAUUUUUAUUAGAAGAAAGCAUUUCCUCUGUAUGAGUAUAAUUAUGAUUCAGUGAUAGCAGGAAUCGAGAAAAUGAAGAAAAACCUUCCUGGGUUCUUCUAUGCAGGUAUGUUCUUACCGACUUAACGUAUGGGAUAUAAUCUUAUAGUGGCGAUGAGCGGUAGUUUUCAAAUCUUUAGA